CCUAGCUUCAUCCCGCCCAUCCCAUCCAGAGCUGAAGAGUUUCCAGACAUCAGUGCCACUAUGCUCCAGGAUGUCCUUAGCUCCUUGUCUCCUUCCACUUCCCCCAUGACUCCUCCAGCUUCGUCCUGCAGUAUUAAUGAAUCUUAUAAGUACAUCUUCCUCCCCAUUUGUUACUCUUUUACCUUCAUGUUUAGCAUUACUUUGAAUUCUAUCAUCCUCUACCGCUCCUUCCAUCAAGCCAAGCGCUGGAAUGCUUCCCUCAUAUACAUGGUCAACCUGGCCUCCACAGACUUUAUGUAUGGACUGUCUUUGCCAUUUCUUGUGGCCAGUUACAUAAUGCAUGACCGCUGGGUGUUUGGGGACUUCAUGUGCCGCCUGGUCCGCUUCCUCUUCUACUUCAACCUCUACUGCUCCAUCUUCUUCCUCACUUGCAUUUCUGUUCACAGAUACCUGGGUAUCUGCCACCCGAUAAAAGUGAUCACCCUGAAGACCAAGAAAGCUGUCAAGAACACUUGUGUGUUGGUGUGGAUCGUAGUGUUCGCUUUGACUUGCCCUAUUUUCCGGUUUGCCCAGACAAGCUAUGUGACCAGAAUGGCAGGAACGUGGACCAAUGCAAGUAAAACUAUGGACAAUCAGAGUCACAACAUGUCAUCGUCAAGGGGCAACAUCAGCUAUAAUAGCCUGGGUUUGCCCCAUGAGGAAUACCAGAACUGUUGGGAUGAUGCCAUAGACAAAGAAUUUCUUGACUACAUACCUUAUGGGAUUAUUCUACAUUUAAUUGGCUUUUUUUUACCCUUUUUCAUAAUUGCCUGGUGUUACUCUCGGGUAGUUCUCACCAUAUUUAAGACCCUGCAUUCCCAACCCUCAUACCGCAAAGGGCCCAGAAAUAGUAACAGCAAGGCUGUGGAGAGAAGAGGCAGAAGUGGCUCUGCAGCAGGCGGAAGAGGAAGCAACGGCUUGUUGAGGGGGAUAGAAAAGGAUGAAGAGGUUUCUGUUUUCCUUGGAGCUCGUUCUCCGUACGCGAGCCGCAGACGUAAAUCCAUCAGGACCAUCAUCACCAUCACCUUGCUCUUUGCUUUGUGUUUUUUCCCCUUCCAUGUGACCAGAACCAUCUUUCUGCUGCUGAAGGUCACCGGGAAAGUUUCCUGUGAAACCAUGACGACAGUUUCGAUGUGCUAUAAGGUGACACGGCCGCUAGCGUCCUUCAACGCGUGGCUAAAUGCUCUUCUAUAUUUUCUGACCAAAGACAAGGUGGGAGCUCACUGCUGUCCAGCAGGGAGAACUAGAAGCCCACAGCAGGCUGGACCGCUGCUGCCGCUCAGAAUGAUGGGAAAAGGAGACGGCCCAGUGGAGGAAACUGUGGGAGAUCAGAUUAACAACGAGGAAGAGAAAGAAUUUCACCAUCUGUCACACAAAAACGUAUGAUUAAAAAAAAAAACACUGAAGGAUAGAGAGAUAAGUAGAUAGACUGAAUGAAAUAGUGCCAAAGCUAUUAACACAAAUACUGUCUAUUGCUAAAUGACAUUGAUGAUGGUAUAAAUUACACAAAUAAUACAUUUGAAACAUAGCUCAACUUUGUAGUUAUUUACAUUUGUGUGAUAUGAUAUGUAUACUAUUAUGGAAGCUGCAGUUUGUGUGUGAACAUUUAAAGAGAGCAGGAAUUUUAAACUGAAGGAGUUCAAGCAUCACAGAAAUCUAACGUUGUCUUGGUCUCACCUUUAUUAACCCUUUGGUGGAGGAUUUUAAAAAAUUAUUUCAUCAAAAAUCAUCUGGAGAUUGGUUAUUGAUGGGACAUAACAGCUCCAAAAAAUCCCCACCACUCUUUUAGAUACAGAUAAGACCGUAGAGAAAUAUGACUGUAUUUACCUAUCUUUCCAUUCAUGCACAGGAGAUGAGCAAACACACCAGGCAAGGCACGUUUAUUUGCAUAGAGGGAAAUUCAAAGUGCUGCACAGCAAGAACAACGGAAAAGAAAUUGGGGGGGAAAAAAAGGGGAAAAAAAGCCAGAUAUUUAAAAAGACAGAGGAAGUAUCACAAGAUAAAAGUUAAACUAAAAUUAAGCAAAUAAAAAUCAGAGACAAGACAGCAGGGAUAAAGCAAUCUUUGGCUUUCAUGGAAAAACAAUUGUAAACAAUAAUGUUUUCAGCCCCGAUUGAAACACUUUCUGAACAUCUCAGGCUCUGCUGGGAUUCCAGAAAAUGUAUAUUUCCAGUUAGUCAUUUAGCCUGAAUCAACUGGCUGAUUGUUUAUUUUUCUCUUCUUCUUCUUUUUUAUAUAGAUUUGGAUAAAACCUAAUUUAUUGAAAAUGUCUUCUGUGUCAUCCUCUUGGUGAAAAGCUGUUUAGUCUUGCGAUAGCAGACAGCAGGGUGUUUUAUCGACAGACCAUUUCGUUGUUGCAGUUCAGGAUCCAUGAUGUGUUUUUCUCACUCUGUGGUCUUUGUUUUUUCAUUAAGCUGGACAAAAUGCC